AUGGAUGAGGUUACCAUUAAAAUAGCCGGAGCCACUGGAGAAGCUAUUGGCCCAUAUCUACCCUUAAUUAAAGUAGCUAUAGAUUUAAUUAUUAAAAUUAUAGACAUUUAUGAAACGGCAGAAUAUAAUAAAAAUAUUUGCGAGACUUUAGUGAACAGAGUGAAGUUAACCGAGACUGCUAUUAAUACAUUACAACGGAGAAAACAAAAAAAUGAGGAUAAACUUCGUGACGAAGGAUAUUAUAAAGCUUUUAACAGAUUUAUUUAUGUUUUAACAGAAAUUAAAGAAUUUGCUGCGGAGAUUACAAAUAUCCAUGGUUUUAGAAAAUAUACAAGGGCAUAUUUUGUUAAAGAAAAUUUUCAUAAACUUACAAAUGAUUAUGAUAUUGCAAUGAAAGAUUUGCAUUUUACUAUAGCAAUUGCUAACGAAGAACAGAGAAAAAUUGACGAAGAAGCUUUAAAGGAAGAUCUGGCGGAAAUGGCAAAAUAUCUUGAAAAAAUGCAUAAUGAUAUCCUCGAGAAUAAAAAUAAAGUAAACAUUAUUCAUGAUAUGGUAAAACAUAUGAAGAAACAUUUAGAUGAUGACAAACCUUUACGUGAUGUAGUAAAUAAGAUUGACUCAAAAGAUUUAACAUCCCCUGCACGAGGGAAACUUAAUGACAAACGUGGUAAAGACCCUCAUUUUAUAAUUAGGAAAAUUUAUAAAGGACAAGAAGUUGCUUGUAAAUUUACUGAGGAAGAAAUUGAAAUUAGUCCAAAAACACAAAGGCUUCUUGAAAUCUUAGUGAAAUUAUCUGAAUGCAAACAUAUUCUCAAAUUUUAUGGUAUUUCAAAAAUUGAAAAUGUUAAUGUUAUGGUUUUUGAAUGGGCUGAACGUAGAACUCUGAGACAACUUUAUUUAAAAAAGAAUGUCCCCUGGAAUUAUAAGAUUCGAAUUGCUCUUGAAACUUGCCGUGGCCUUAUAUUUCUACAAGAGGCUGAUAUUUUGCAUCAUGACUUGAAAUGUGAAAACAUCUUAAUAACGGAAAGUUUAGAACCUAAAAUUUACAAAUUUGCAUUGGCACGUUAUUCUGAUAGCUCUUCAUUACCAAUAGAUUUAGCAGAAGGAGAUAUAUUCCCUUGGUUAGCUCCUGAAAAAUUAGAAGGUUCUCGAUACACAACCCAAUGUGAAAUUUUUAGUUUUGGUAUGUUACUUUGGGAGCUUGCUUUUGAAAAAAUUCCAUAUCAAGGUUGGGAAACAGACAAAAUCAAGAAUCAUGUUACUAAAGGUGGUAGAGAAAGAAUUAUCUUUGGGAUAUCUCCUAAAACCUAUCAAGAAGAAUAUAAAAAAAUUAUAAAUGACAUUUGGAAACAAAAUCCUCAUGAGCGUAUUUCUUUUAUGAAGUCCUUGGACAUGCUAGAAGAAUUAUAUAAUUCCGUUCGUUAUAUGUUUGACGACAAUCCAUCAGGCAUACUACCUGAUAAAUUGGAUUUAGGUGGAUCAAAAGAAACAAGCGAUGCUGAUUUAGAAUUACCGGAUAACAUCAUAAGUCCUAUAAGGCCAGUAAUCUCAAUAGAAGAAGGCAUACAAGCUUUUCAAGAUAAAGAUCAUCAAAAAGCAUGGGAAUGUUUUGAUUUUCAUGCAAUAAAUAAGAAUACGACAGCAAAAUAUUGGAAAGGUCGUUAUUUAUGGGACGGACUUCUUGAUGAUAUUAAAGGACGCGAAGAAGAAGGCAAAGAAUUACUUAAAGAAGCAGCAGAUGAAGGAAACCAUGACGCCCAAUUACGUUAUGCUUUUACUUUAAUAAAUAUUCUUGAUGAAAAAGACAACCAACAAACAUUUUUGAAAUAUAUCAAAAAAGCCGCCAAUGAGGGAAAUAAUUCCAUUGCACAAUUUAAUUUGGGCGAUAUAUACUAUAAAGGAAAAUGUAAUGUUCCAAAGGACGAAUAUGAGGGAAUUAAAUGGUUAAUAAAGGCUGCUUUACAAGAUAAUUCUAGAGCAACCAAAUUCUUGAAUAAAAUAGAUAUAAAUGUUUAUGAUAUUGACAAAUGUUCAUGA